GUGCAUAUCAAUUCAUUCUAUACAUCUUGAAAACCCUCUCUGGAAUUUCAUAACUAUGCAAUAUAUUUUCUCAUCUGCCAUAGUCGCCGUGCUUGCUCUAGCUACUGAUGCCUCUCCUCUGCUCUACAAACGAGCCGGCGUUGGCUCGGCAGUUUCAAAUGCACGCAUGACAUUUUAUGGUGCUGAUUAUGUCCAACUUCCUGGCGGACAAUACACUGGAGAUGUUCCACCCGUCCAGCCUAUGGGUAUUGGAGCCUGUGGUACUGCAUUCGAGCCAUCGAACCAUAAAGUGUUUGUUGCUAUGGGUGCAAGUUUUUAUUCCGAAGCCCUUUGUGGAAAAUGCGUUCGGGUUACUUACCAAGGCAAAACCACUGUCGGCCCAAUAGUCGACAAAUGCCCUUCAUGUGGUGAAGGUCUAGAUCUCUCCAUUGAUAUGUUUGGCGAUUUGGUUGGUGGAAUUGGAGCCGCUCGUACUGUUGGUGUUUUGAAUGCGGACUACGAGAUUAUUGAUUGCAAUGGUGGCGGUAGCCAAUCGCCACAACCCAAGGCUCCUGCUCGUGCCAAGACCACUGCUGAUACACCUGAACCCACUCAAAAGCACGAGCCUUCAAAGGAUGAUUCUAAUACUACCGAGACAUCCGAGCCAACUCAUAAAUCUGAGCCUAAAUCUAAACCAACCCAAGAAUCUGAGCCUAAAUCAACCCAAGAAUCUGAGCCCGAAUCCACCCAUAAACCUGAACCUAAAUCUAAAUCAACCCAUAAAUCUGAACCCGAGUCCACUCGAGAGUCUGAACCUGAAUCGACCCAAGAUUCUGAUUCCGAUUCCGAUUCUGAAUCCAUCCAAGAAUCCGAUUCCGAUUCUGGACUUGAAUCUACCCCAGAGUUUAAACAUAUAAAAAACAAGUCCAUCACCACAACCCCAUCCAACAAGAAAUCCAACAAGAAACACAAAAAGUCCAAGAAAUCCAAAAAGUCGAAAAAGUCCAAAAAGAUUGUUUCCAAUGGUGGCACACCCUGUCACGACCACACUGGCGGCUCGCCAGCUAAAUAAUUCAUCCUACUAGAUCUCAUCAUUAUUUUAAAUCACUUGCAUGCUUGCAAGGUAAAGCCAUACAUCCAUCCAGUUUUACUUUUUUUAAUUCCAUUUUAUGUAUCCCAGUAUGUUUUUGAUGUUUAUUUGUUUGCUGCUACUGUGUCCUGGUUUAGCCAUUUUUAAUGACUACUCGGCAGUGGUGUAUAUAAGCCUGUCUACUUGCAAUUAAAAAUAUAUGUUGAAUACUCUGCAAAUGUGUUUUU